AUGAGAGGAAAGGUGGAUCAUCACAUGCCUGGGAUCCAAAAGCCCCACCACCGCAGGCUGGGAACGCCCCCAAGAGGUCUAAUAUGUUCCUUGAUGGUAUUGAGGGGAGGCCGGGAAUUCCGCCUGGCGACGCCAAAAAACCGUGUAGUGCAGGAGCCAGAUUUUUUGGCAUGCCGGAAGGUCAAGGAAGUUGGUGACCUGAUGAGAGGGGAGCAGGCGACUGAAGCCCCAGUGAACGGCGGCUGUAACUGUAAAGGUCCUAAGAAGGAAAGAUGCAAGGGGAAACUCGAUGUCGCGAGUGGAUGGUUUGCUUAUCCGGAUUUGAAAGGUGGUUCAAGAAGUUACUUAGAAUUAGUAGAAGAUUAUAUCCCUAUAUAUCAAAUAUACCGCAAUGGAUUUGAUUUUGCACUUCCCGAGCAGUAUCGAGAAAACUCGCAGGUUUCAAAAGUAGAGCAGCGAAGGUAG